GCAUUUGAUCAACAUCAUAGAUCACGCUUGGCGGCACUGGCAAAAAACAUGAGUGUUCACCAGGCACUUGCGUCUGCAGGUUUUGAAAAGAGCUCAAAAUUAGGUGGCGAAGUUUUCGCGGACGUCUUGAAAGAUUACCUGCUGUGUCUUGGAAAGUCUGCGCAUGAAGGUGCUAUAAACUCUGGAAGAACGAAAACAACUUCUACCGACGUUUUGGCUGCAUUCGAAGAUUUUGGUAUCAAAAUUGAUGAAUUGAAAGAAUGGUCACAGACUGACGGCAAGAUUCUUGGAAAGUAUACCGGACCAUUACCUCAAUCUAAGAUUAUGGAAGGUCUACUAAGAAGUGGACUACCAGGUUAUUCAACGAAUGAAUUUAAUGAUUUACCAGCUACUGAGAUCAAAGGAACUUGUGAUUUUAAGUCGAAUGUCAAACCAUUACGUCCUUCAUAUGUUCCAGAAUGGCUUCCUCCAUUCCCUGAAGUUAAACCCCAACAAGAAAAACUUGAAGAUGAGACUGAUGACACAUUAAAAAAAUCUCCGGAAAUUAGCUCAAAUGAAGCUGUAUCUCAAGAUUCUACAUUAGAAAUCCAUAAAGAUGAUGUGAAUUCAAUGAAGUCAAAUUUACUUCCAUCUCAAGAUAAAAGUCUUAAGACGGCACGCCGUAAGAGAUCUCUAGAUCAGCGACCACCAACUUAUGAUAUUGCAAAUGUUUUCAAUUCAAUCGUACCACCAAAAGUACAAACUCAAGAAUCGUCAUUUGAACCAUCUCCAAAAAAGAAACGUAAACUUAAAAUCACUCCGUCAUCGUUGAUUCCGUUUCAUGCUGUUGGUGAGAUAAGUCAAGACGGAAUCACCAAUCAGGAUGUAACUAGUUUAACUAAAUUGAUGUCUUCUACAGUUGGUCCACUUAAGCUACUUAAAGAAAGUCAAACAAAAAAGCCUUCUCCUAUUGCGACUCGUAUUCGUAGUGAUAAUGAAGUACCUGUGACAAAUAUUUCAAGUUUAUCUGAAGUUAAACGACCACAAGUUAAACUUCCUGUUUCGCGAAAGGGAAAGGAAAAAAUGAUAGAUUCUUCGGAUUUCCAAGAGAUUACACCAUUAAAUUCUUCUCGACCAAGGCCGCCAACCGCAAUUCGACGUGGGUCAAAGGUUAAACUCGGAAAGCCAAUCACAAAACCUGCUAUUGUACCUGCUGAUAAACCAGCUUCAGCUUCAACUACUGGUGCAACAAAACUUAGGAUUCGUCUUGGAAAGGUAUCCCCGAUUGACGUCGUUGCUCCCGCUGCUUCUCCUGUAGCAUCAACCUCGUCAGUACAAUCACAACUCGUUGUUAAUAAUCCGUCCAACGUUGGUGUUGCCGAUCCGCCUGAAGUCAUUAAUUGCAUUUGUCCAUAUCCAUUUUCAGAAAUUGACGAUGGAAACUUUAUGCUUUCGUGCGACGGUUGUCAAGUUUGGUUUCACGGAAUAUGCACUGGUUUCGGUCCUAGCUAUGUUGAAGUUGAUACCUGGUACUGUGAACGAUGUCGUGCUCGUGGUAUGGGUAUAUCUUAA